GAAAAGCAAUUCCAGAAAUUAGAACAAGAAAUUAUUAUGUUGUUAUACAUUUCGGUAGGACUUGAACAAACGGUCAGAACAGAGCGGUUGACGCCGUGAAAGGUGGUCGGAAGCAUGGAUUUUGCGGACUCCGCCACCACGUCAAUGACGGCGAUCAGGUCCCGCUCCUCCCCCUCCGAUGACGUCGUAUCUCCGGAGGAGCAUAAUGUGACAUCUGUAAGUGAGGAUCAUGAGACGACGUGUUGGGGCUGUGGGCUCCGUGUACUUGUUUCACCGCAUGUACCUGCUUUCAAGUGUUUCUGGUGUGGAGCUAUAACCAACCAGAAUGCAAUUAAACAUGAGAACCAGAACUUCAGGUGGAGACGAUUGCGAGACCGGUGUUUCGUUAGCAUCCUCAUUGUCUUCAUGCUAAUUGUAAUAUGUGGCGGUAUUUGGGCCAUUUAUCCAGUAGUAUUUUCUGCUGGUUACAUCUACGGUGGUGUUCACAUUUUGAUUGCUAUAAUAUUGUCCAUAUCUACCCUGUCUACAUUUAGCCUUUCUGCAUUUCGAUCUGCUGGUGCUCCACCAAACAUACUGUGGGGUAGCUAUCCGGCCGUGACAAAAGGAGCACUUGAGAAUUAUAGAUAUUGUGAAUACUGUUCAAAGCCAAAGUCACCCAGGGCACAUCAUUGUCGUUCUUGUGGAAUGUGCGUAUUGGACAUGGAUCAUCAUUGUCCAUUUAUUGGAAACUGUGUUGGUGCAGCAAACCAUCGGCACUUUGUCAUGUUCCUCAUUUCAGCAAUCAUUAGCAUGGUUUACGCAUCCAUCAUGUCUGCCUAUGCAGCUUAUCAUGUUUGGCCACCACUAAACAGCUGGCAAGUCCGACUUCUGAAUGGGGCUGUUGGUCAAAAGUUGCUUUUGAAAAUGUUAAGAGAAAUUUUUCUUGCAUUUGGCAGUUCUAUGUUGUUUCUACCAGCGAGAGGACUUGUUCUCGUGUACCUCUUUAUUGCUAGUGUCUCUAUCGAGAUAGGUUUAAGCGUGCUUUUAUGGCAGCAACUCUGUUUCAUAUAUGAAGGCAAGACCUACUUGAGUCACAUAAGUGCAUCCGGAGGUGACAGUACUGCAGUAAAAGAUUGCCAAAAUUUCAGCCGAUUCUUUGGCUGCCCUUAUUAUACUACAACGAGGUUGUUGCCGAGCUUCUUCAGUUCUAAGAAGAGACACAAAAAAUGAAGCUUCAAAGAGGUGAAUCAAUUACUCCUUGUUUGCUCUCCAUGCAUCAACAUAGAAUAUAUAGGUCUCUUUAUUGAUUUUCUUAGAGCCAUUAGUGUGCAGGAAGUUUUGAAUUCUCCCAAAUACUGAUUUAGUUUAUGGUAUCUAGUUGGGAAGUUGUCCCACUUUUAUAAGCUGAAAUUUUUCUUAGAUCAUGUGCUUAUCUAAGAAAAUACUGCGUUGGCACACUGCCUUCAGAUUGAAACAUUUCCCCCUUGGGUCUUUUUUGGCAGUGUGCAACAUAAGAAUCAGAUAACAGCUGUGUUUCAUUUUUUUCAAAGAAUGUCUUCUUUGGGUGAAUUGGGAAGGAUCUAAUUUGUUUUCGAACCUGGGACCUCUCCACCUAUCAAUCUGUUAAUUUAUUUUUUCUUAA